AUGAAGCUCCCCCUUCGUACCAUUUUCCGAUCCGCGUCAAUCCUAUUCCAACCAAUUUCACGUGCAUCUUUUCCAACAACCUUUCGACAAUCAAAUUCUCCCCACCAAAUCCGCGCUUUCCUGGUCUCCACGCCAAGAGCUCUCCAUACAGAAAAUCUUACAUCGAGACAAAAAGCCACUGAAGGAGAGAAAUCCCGAACAGAUGUAGCCCCACAGAAUACAUUUUCAGAAGAGAUUGGCGACUUUGCAAAAAAGCAGACCGAAGAUGUCCCCCAGCGAUCUACACCCUCUGUUACAGCAGUGCAGGAAUCACUUAAACCUCUCUUGAGAGAAAAUGACGGGAAAUGGGUUCUGGCAGAUGAUGGAAUGUCGGUGGAGAGGGUCAUUACAUUCAAAGGAUUUAAAGAUGCCUGGAACUUCAUGAACGCCAUCGCAGCAAAAUGCAAACAAGAAAGACAUCACCCAGAAUGGGUUAACAUCUACAACAAAGUGUUCAUCCGCUGGACCACGCAUGAUCUUCCCGGUCUAACAGCCACUGAUAUCCUCAUGGCCAAGUUUUGCGAUGAACAAGCUACCAUACACAAAGAAGUAUACAACGUCUCAAAGGAAUCACUCUCAGAAAAUACCCAGCAAGAAAAUUUUCUCAAUCAAGCUCAUCAGAUCGCUAAUAAAUUAUCGUCGAAAUGA